AGUACUUCCUCUUGUACUAACGUGCACGAACAGAGACGUCUCGUAACGCCCGAGGAUGUACUUUUGGACGACUAUUGUGCACGUGACACCUCUAGCCUCGAGACACAAGACCUGUCCACAGACUCAUCUGUUGGUGAUAAAUUAACUGGGAUGGAAGAAGUGGUGUCCGCUCAAGAUAUGUUAACCGACCCUCCGAUUGUGGUGGACAACCAAAAACUGGCUAGAAUGCUGUCCGCCAAAAGCUGGAUAUUCUCUCCAGAUCAAGUGGCUUGCGUAUGUGACGUCCUGCAGCAGGCCGGAGACAAUGAUCGGCUAGCCCGUUUCUUGAGUUCACUCCCAUCUAGCGAGCACCUACGCUGUAAGGAGUCGGUCCUCCGAGCACGAGCAACCAUAGCAUUUCACCAUGGCAAUUACAAAGAACUCUACACGAUCCUUGAAAGUCAUGGUUUCGAUCCCCAACAUCACUCGAAGCUCCAACAGAUGUGGUAUAAAGCUCACUACCGGGAGGCUGAGAAAAUCCGCGGCCGGCCGCUGGGAGCAGUGGACAAAUACCGUCUACGACGAAAGUAUCCGCUGCCCAAAACCAUUUGGGACGGAGAAGAAACUAUCUACUGUUUUAAGGAAAAGUCCCGAAUGAUGCUGAAAGACUGCUACGAAAAGAACCGUUACCCCACACCUGAUGAAAAACGAUUAUUGGCAAAAAAAACCGGUCUAACCCUAACCCAGGUUAGCAACUGGUUUAAAAACAGACGCCAGAGAGACAGAACGCAUAUCAGCCUAAAAUCCUCUAGACCAUUCCCAUCACCAUCUUCAGACGACACUCUCGUCAACAGUGAGCCGAUAGUUACUCAUCCAUUGGUAACUAGCCUAUCACAGCAGAGUUCUCCAUCAUCGUAUGCUCAGCCCAGCGAUCGAGGCGACACUCGAGACUUCAGUUGUCUCCAGAGGUCAACAGAUGAUGGAAAUAUGUAUCCAGCAAUGACGAUUGUGAGGUCGUCUCACUUUACCUCUGAAGAUGGAAAGUUGCCAGAUUUGACAGUAUUUAAAGGACCUGUCAGAACAUUUGAAAACAGCGCAUUAGCCAGUCACGUGACGCUAGUUAAAGGCUUCACGGGUGAUGUGGAUAAUAGGCUAUCAGAAUUUUCAUUUUAUAAAGGAACGAAGAAACCACUAGAUGGACAAUUUUUUUCAGAUGGGAAUAUCAUAAAAGACUUGCAAGAAGCGUCGGGAGACGAAAAAUUUUGUCAAAAUACGGAUCUGGUCAAAAAUGAUCCUGAUACAUACCAUCCUGGGCUUUUCUACCCAGCCUGUACUUCGGUUUAUGACACUACAGCUUUUCUUCACUAUCCACCUGUAUUGACACACGAAUGA